AGCAGCCUGGGAAGGGCUCAGGGAUCCAUCAGGGAUCCGUUUGGGAUCGCUCAGGGAUCCCCUGGGGAUCUCUCCCUCGGGGCUCAGGCCAUGCCACGCGCCUUCCUGGUGAAGAAGCCGAGUGUGGCCACAGCAAAACGCAACUGGAGCGAGUUGCCCGACGAGCAGAGAGCUGAGAUCUACGUGCCCAUUUGCCUGGGGGGGUGCCCCCUGCGCAGGGACCCCGAGCCAGCCGUGGGGGACGCCCCAGCGUCCCCCGUCUCCCCCCUCGACAUGACGUUGCCCCCCCCGACCCCCCGACCCCCCCACGGCCCCUUCCUGCACCCCAAGGGCAAGCUCCCGCCCAGUACUAUGGGUCCCCCCAUUCCCCCGGGGCUUCCCCUGAGUGGGGGGGGUCCCGGGGGGGUCCCCAUUAGCGGGGGGGUCCCGGGGGGGCCGGAGCUUUUCUCCUGCCCCGUCUGUCAGAAGAGUUUCGGGUUCCAGCGGAUGCUGAACCGGCACCUGAAGUGUCACAGCGAGGUGAAGAGGCACCUUUGUCCCUACUGUGGGAAGGGCUUCAACGACACCUUCGACCUCAAGAGACACGUCAGGACACACACGGGUGUCCGCCCCUACAAGUGCAGCCUGUGCGAAAAAGCCUUCACGCAGCGCUGCUCCCUCGAGUCGCACCUCAAGAAGAUCCACGGCGUUGCGCAGCGCUACGCUUACAAGGAGCGCCGGGCCAAGCUCUACGUGUGCGAGGAGUGCGGGGGCACGGCCGAGAGCCAGGACGCUCACCUGGCCCAUCUGCGCCAGCGCCACCCGCACAGCCCGCUGCUGGCCAAGCUGGCGCGGAAAGCUGCCGCUGCUUGCUGCUGCCGCCGUGCCCGGGCUGCCCGGCCCCGCCCCCCGCAUGGCCACGCCCCCCUGAGGCCACGCCCCCGCCGGGACAGGAGCCAAUGA